AUGCGAGGAACUGUUUUGAUCUUUGGCAGAAAAUUUAGUUGGAAUGCUGUGGUCGACGAGUACGGUCACCGACUUCCUCAAUGUGCAGGAUUGAGUUCCACGCGUAAGAGGCUCUUGCUAAAAGAUUGGAGGUAUUUCACAUCAACUGGGAGUGAAGAAUCACUGACAACAUUCUUUAGAAGUGGCCAUAAAUGUACGAAUUCUUUAGAAGAUGGAGAUGAUGCGCACGCUCACGUAAAAGGUAAUGCUGACGUCGUGUACAACGACGGUCAGCAGGGUCGAAAGAUCCAUCGGGCCCUCCGAGGUGUUGCAGAGUUUAUUGCAGCAACCGGAACCUUUGACGAUGUGUGUGCUCCGGGUGAGCGUGGCUACUCAGAUGUUUCAUUAGCGGUUGAGGGUUUGAAGCGUGCCCGGCUUGCUGUAGAGUACACGGGAACUGUUCUUUCGCUUUCAAACGAUCGGCGGGAUGGAAUGCUGGCACAGGCGCUUUCUCGAAAUCGCCGCAGUGACGAGGAAGUGGUCAACCAGCAACACUUACGAUCUCAUUGUGGCGAGGUGCUCAGCCCCUUGGAGGUUGUGGCAAUAGCACAGUGGUGUGCGUGGCAUGUGCGAACCUCGUUGAAGGGUGCCAAACAUCACCAAGGAACCCCGACGAAGUCGCAAGGGGAUGCGGAAACUGCUCGUUGUAUAGUCUCUGUUUUGACGCGCUUCCUUUCCAUUCUUGUUGAGGAGGGGCUCCGCCGUUGGGCCGUUGAUAGCGUUGCGUGUGAACUCGAACUUAGCGACUUGGUUUGCAUCGUGACAGAGGAGGCCCUUCUUGUACUCCGUGAUAAUAAAAAAGCGUGCACGUCGGUGAAGUUUGCAACACCUUUGCCUACAUGUUCUGUUGGGUGCAGUGCCACAAGUGAACAAACCGCACUCAUGGCCGAGCAUUUGAAGCCUGGGAUGCGGACUUGGGAAGACCUCUGCUUUGGCGUGAAGGCGCAAGAGGCAUUGCUGUGCAGUCAGCGAGAGCGCUGGCAGCGCGCCCUGCGCCUGUUGCUAGAUGUGCAGCGGUGGAAUGUCCUCGCAACUACAAAGAACUGUACCACUUCAACGGAAGAAGUGCUGACAAAUGAAUGCGAGGGGAAGUGUCAGUUGCUAGCAAGUAAAGCAUUGAACAUUCUCUCGAUGAUCCCACAUGGGGUGGUCCAAACACUGCAGUACAUCUUAGCCCAGCAUGGGCAGUGGCGUUUGUGCAUGAUGCUGUGGAAAAGGGGUAUUCGUCUUCCUUCCGGCGAUGCUCCGACUUGUAAUGAAACCGAGGAAGAGCGGCCACCGCACUCAUUACUUCUUCACCCUGCUGGCCUCAACACCGUUAUCACCGCACUGGCGCUUGUCAAUGGAAGGCCUUCCAAACAUUCAUUCACCGCGGCAACGUCAUCCUUGUUGUGCGCAACAGCAACCGCGGGCGGAACGGAGGGUGUAGAUGCGAAGUUGCUGCGGCUGCUCUUGCACCUUGGUGUCAUUCCACAUCGCCACUUUACAGUUACCGAAUUUGCCACCCUACUCAAGGAUGCAUUUGGUCUUCAUCUCCAAAGCAGUCAUGUUGACAGCAUUCUAUCACCUGCAGCUGUGUGGCGGUGUUCUGAAGGUCUGCCGUCUCACAUGCGUGAAGUAUUGUGUUUAAUGUGCUUCCGUGUUGUCGCGAGAAGUGGGCUGGCCCACACGUUAAUGCUGGAAGACUUGUACGUUAUCAUAUGCCUUUCCUACCGCACUGUGCUGUCACAAAUGUGCCGUCCCAUGGCAGAAAGUUCCACUCCGUCAACUCAAAGGGGGAGAGAGAAUAUAAGUAACUGCGCUGUGCCCAAUAUUCAAGGUCGUUGCGAACCGUCCCGAAACGGAUUAUUGACAGUCGGGUUAGCUGCGGCAACGCGCAGGACGGCCGUGUUCGCAGAAGAGGACAUUCGUACAAUAACCGAAGCAUUUCUCUCAUGUAGUAGUAGGUUAUUGGUCCCCUCAGAAAGGGCAAAAUCGUUUCAAAGGGAGGAAGAGGUGUAUGCUGGUGUGAAUUAUACGGAUCUGCAUCUCUAUCGUACGCUCGUAAAUGUCAGGAUUGGCAGGAAUGGGAGCACUGCAAUGCUCUUUACAGUUUCCUCCAUGUUGACGAGACUUCUCACUGUGAUGCCGCACGUUUUUACACUAGGCACCGUGUGGAGAGGCGCGCUUUGUGCACUGUCGACUAACUACCAACUGGAUGCUUGUGACCAUCAUUUGGCAGCAGCAGCAUCUGUAUUCGCGGAAGUGAUAGUGGGAACGGCUAGGACGUCCAAUAAGGAUGCCCUCGUUGACACCCUCGUGUAUUUGGCUCCACUUCUUUCGCCAUUCGCGAUAGGCCAAAUUGUGAAAGGUCCUGUUGGACGUCGGCUCAGUUGGACUCAUUGCCUUGCUCUGUUACCUUAUGCGCCGUGCGCUUCUGGUGCGCAAAGAUUGAUGUUACGGCGCAUCGUAAAAGAUUGUGACGUAGAAGGGAUGUCGUUUGUUUACUCCUUACUGCGUAUGUCCACGCCUCCGUUGCAGUUACUGCCACAAGCGUCACCGGCUGUCUCAACGGACGUAUGUACAUUAUUGUUACUGACUGAGCGGAGUUGGAUGCGGGCCCUGCAGGCGUAUGGCCGAUUUGAUCUUCGGGUGCAACGUGCCUGCGCCCCGCACAUUGUACGCCUCAUCGUUACCGCUGGAGCGUGGUUGCCACACACUCACAACACCGGCGGGGACGCCAACUGUAGCCAUUGCCUCAAUGGGUUCGACUCGCUGCUCCAUACUGCUCUUCAGGCAACUGAGGGGAGCCGUGUGGCGGAAGAGGUUCUGCAACUUAGUCUUAAACGUGGAUUGUGGGCAGGUGGUCUUGCUUUUCAUCAGCGUUUGCAACAUGAACAUUCAGGUAUACUUUUGGGGAAUGGUCGAAUUAAAACGUGCGCUGCAAUGCUGUUUAAAGGACUACUCUCCCAUACCGCUCUCGCGCACACAAUAGCGGUUGCCCUCAAACAUGCUCGUGCCGCGAGAUGGGCGGAGGCUUGUAUGGUUCUUCUUGAGGACGACGGUAGUCAUGAUGGUGCUGAGGAAAGUGGAAGUGUAACACAUUUUGGUGUCACCUCUCUCCACCCAGCUCACUGGUCAUCGUUGUUUCGUGACAAGGUGCCCCCACAACUGUCCCAUUUAGCCCACACCGUGCGCUACAGUAUGUUGUGUUGCCCUGGUUUAUGGCAGCGGGCAUUGAAAUGGUUGCCACCUCAGGCGCUUCCAUUUCCGGUCCAUCACCAACUAUUGCUUGCUCGCGUUUCCGGUUUGCCAAUUGGUGUGGCAGCCGCGUGUGACGCGGUAACGCCGAAGGUGGAAACGACAACGCCACUUGUUGGCCCACCCCUAUCACCCAUGUCGCUUGUGCAGGUAGCGUUGCAGGAGAAGUUGCGCUGCAGCAAGGCAUCGGCGACGGUGGCAUCUCAGGCGGAAGUUGAGCGCACACUCCGCGUUUUGCGUCAACGCGGACAGUGGGAACAAGCAGUCUUGGUUUACGAGCAUUCGCUUGCUUGCCGUUGUUUUCCGCAUAGUGCAAGUGCCACCGUUGUUGGUGCUUGCCUGCCUUCGUGGCAGGCGUCCCUUAGUUGCUUUGCGCACAUGUCUCAGCGUAUGCGUCCCGAUGUGGCAACCGCUUCAUUAGCUUUGCAAGCUUGCAGGCGUGGUAGAAAAUGGAAGAUUGCUCUACGUGUCCUUCAGCAAUGCGUGCUUACAUCUGCGUCCCGCUCGGCAGGUGAGGUUGUAAGAACUGCACCACAGUUGAUAAAUUACGCAAUACAGGCGGUUUUGGGUGCCGGCGUUUGGGACGCCGCAUUAAAUGUGGUUCGCCAAUAUGGUCAGACAAUGAGUCCCUUGCUAGCAAAUACCAUUCUUCUGACGUAUGUGCGUGCGGAACGAUACGAUGAAGCUGUGAAUUUUUUUUAUGGCUGCGUUCGCCGUGGAGUGCGACUGCACGACCAGUCGCUUGAUCUUGUGGUAGCAGCAAGCCAAGCAGUAUCGGCAGAAUACCAUGAUUUAGCGCGGUUUGUUGGGGUAAUGGCGUCAACUUUGGAGGACUUCUGUCAUGUUCAUGGCGUGUUGCUGCAACACGUCCUACUUGUUUGUCGCAGCAUUUCUGUUCCCCCCCACGCGUUGGUCCUCUCUUUUAGUUGUGAUCAAACCGGCGUAUCCGCGAGUAUGGUAUCUGAUGAUGUCAUUAAUGCGACUGAUUCUAUUUGGUGA